CCACCAUUCACCAUUGAUGAACCUCGCACGGAUGAUUCACUGCAUAAUUCACUGCGCAAUCAUGCCCCUCAUAGGUACAGCUAGUGGAAAAUGCCGUUAUGACAGGGGGGGGUGGCUAGACAAAGAAAGGGGGGUCCUUUCUUCUGCUCCAUUACUACUACUACUAAUACACUGUCCUGGAUGAUGAGAACCACGUAAACCAUAUCUACUAUCUACUCAUACUCCUUGAUAUCUCAAUACAUAUUUGAUUUUAGCCUUCCCAAGAUGCGUCAACGUCAGGUAAAGGCUUUGCCCUCGAACUCAGCUGCGUGGAAGCGGCGAAUCCUUGAGAAGGGGAUCGAAGACGCCAACAUCCACAAAGUCGAGCUGAGGUCCGCCUCCACUAUCAAAGAGGAGCAGUUUCUGGCACUGCGAGUACUCUGGAAGCCCCAUUUCAAUCUAAACGUCUAUCAAAAAGUAUUUGACCUACAAGCUUGGGUGACGGAGGCCCAGGAAAUGCUUGAUGAAUACGAGUCCUGGCAAAUCUAUGUCAAGAACUGUGCUACCGACGUGAAAGAGAUGCCCGAGUCAACAUUCGUCAUGGCAAGAUUUUGGCAGAUGAUGGCAGCUCGACUAUCAUCCAAUCGACUUAUUCCUAGUGUCGCGUUCUCUCCCCCUCCCAAGGUACACAAUACGCGCAGCAGAACUGGAAACUUGCCCAAGAAUGAACCCUAUCCAGAGACACCUACUAAAUCUACGGGGACUGUCCCAGAGCCUUCGUCUGAUUCUUCCGAGGAAGAGCCAGAGGAGGAAGAGCCAGAGGAGGAAGAGCCAGAGGAAGAGCCAGAGGAGGAAGAUAGCCCCGGGACAGAGAAGUUCCUGGACCGUCUAUACCUGCCAACCAAAGAUGAAGAGAUUGUGACUGCUGCGCUUUUCAACCUUCUUUGCGGUCUUACAGUUCACACCGGAAUCCCAAAUCGAUGGACGGUGCAUAGGAAGGCAUUCAAAGCUCAGUUCAGUCAUGCAUCAUUCGAAGCCCGCGUUGACGGGUACCUCGAAGAUAUUUCUGAGGAGUCCGAGAAGGUUCGCGCAUUGGUUGAAGUAAAGCCAGUGAAGCGCGCAAAGAAAAUCGUCAAAAUCGUCAUGCAAGAGGCCGCCCAAAUGGCAGCGUGGAUAAAGAGUGAUCCUGAUGAAAACGGAUGUUUAAAUCGGCCUGGUCGCUGUAGUCGCCUUCAUGUUUCGCAGGAUAGACAUGAGAUUUUCAUCACUUUUGCAGAGUAUGAUAAGGAAUACAUCAAGUAUCUGAAUGAUGAUUCCGAUACGGAUGACCUUCACUUCCUCACCUUGCAUCAGUUUGGUCCCUGGAAUACUACCAGUCCAGCUCGUAUGCGUGAUCUAGGCAAAUUUCUCCUGGCCAUUAGUCUGCGAGCGCAGUCUGACAUGAAGGAGGAGGGCGUUGAAGUGACAGAGAGCCAGGAUGAAAAGCUCAUGUCUUCAUUGGCCGACGAGGAGAAUGACACAAUGGAUGUGGACUCAGAUUACAGCGAUGACGAGGAAAUGGAUGAAGAAGAUUCCGAAGAGGGCGACGAUGCUGACUAUGUGGACUAGGAGAGUCAAGAAAACAAUUGCGCUGUUUGAGGAAAUCAAUCGUGGCUCACAUCGGCUCAUUGAAACACUAGACUGCUACGCCAUGGCUACUAGGCUAGGAUACGUACGGAGCUGUUGGAAUCUGCGCUUUUGCAAAAGGACGCCGAGA